UCACACAGAAUGGUGGGUUUACAAAGUGUCUCUUUCAUGGCAGAAAUAUUGUUUUGCAUUUUGCAAUGUGCUUCUAAGCCACUCAAAAGGGCCCCUUUUUCUGAUUUCUUUGUAAUCCUCUCUGGGUUUAGUACCCAGCCAUACAGGCAGUACUCCCCCAAACCUUGCUUUAAUUUGAUUAUGACCAGAUUUGCUGAUACGAUGAAUAUUUGAAAUGAUCCUUGUGUCUUAGUAACUGGGAUGAAUUUUCAGCCUCCUGUUUCCAAGGACCCAAGAUGCAAAGGAAACAGGAGCUAAUUGGAGACGAAGUUCCUCUGGGCCCUUUCAGAGGCUUGGCUGGGUUCUGGUCAGGAAGUCGGAACCAUAGGAUCACAGCCCCCUUCUCGCCCCCUUCCUCUAACGCCCAAGGGCGCUGCAUUAAUUCAGCCCAACUCCUCCGGGCUGUGGUUGGAGUUGGGUAUUUUCGCGCCUUUUACCAUUGCAUCUCUAGGCAUGUAGCCAUUAAAAAAUAAACAAAUACAACAUGUAGGUGAUCCAAGUAAUUGGGGAACUGGGAGUAUGUGUUAUCUAAUCGCCUCCCCCCCUUCCCCACAACUUAACCUAAAAAGCAUUCCGGAAGGCUCUUCUAUUUCAUAAGAAAAUAUGACAAUAAACAAGGUAAAUAGGGACGGGGGAGUGCCUUUUCUUUGAUAGCGUUUAAUUGGAAUUGAAACAUUCUGGAGCUGUAAACAUUCUUUAUUUAUUCAGCACACAUAAGCGGGCAUUGUUUUAUAACCAUCAUAAUUAUGGUGUCCUUUAGACUGACUGAUAGCAGAAGAGAUAAGGGAAUGUGCCUGUGGCUUCAGAUCAAAUCGCUCGCUCGCUCUCUCCUCUCCCCGGGUCACCAGGAUCCACACAAUCCUUGGAGAUGAGGAACGCCGGAAGAUUGUGGCCUGGCCAUCCCUUACGUCAUGAAAGUGAUUUGUACCACAUUGCUAAUUUGGUGCGAUCCAUAACCUUCUGAUCUCCUAUGUUUGCAAUUGCUUUUCAGCUUGCAGAAUCUGUUUUUCCAGGAUACAGUCCUUGAAUGUAAAAAUGAAUACGGAGCACCUGCGUGUAAGAAAUAAUCUUAUUCCCCACUAUUUGUUGCCUUACCUUUGUCUAAUUAAAAAAUGCAAACUUUUAGGAUCCUUCCAGAACAAAGCCUCACCAAAUCCCCUUUACGUCCAAGGAUUUGCAAAUUUAUAAAGGCUGCAUUGAAUUCAGGAUGGGUCAAGGGGCAAAAAAAGGGUAGAAGGUCACUGCAUUUUGAUUAUGGGUCAGUAGACAACAUGGCAUGCAGUAUGUGUCCAAAAACUCCUGUUAAAAAACCUGUAUUUUAAAACAACCAAGACUAUCAACACCAAGUAAGGCUGCUCUUCUGUGCUUUUUAUGCACCGUACAACAUUCUGGUGCGUAAGUAGUACAGCCAUGUAGAAAUAAACUUAAAAACGUGCAACAAUACCUCCUUGCUUUGUUUACAAAGAAAUAACUCACGGGCGUGAUGAUGCUAGAUAAAUUAUGCUAUGAUUUUUUUACUGUCAGCUGGGAUUUAUCUUCCACAUAUUUGACUAAUUUAGUUAUGCCUUCUUAUUUUUGCCAGCUUAGAAUUUACAACAAGUUUUAAGCACUACAGUCACACUGGGCCGACUUUAAAAUAGCAGAAGGACCCUAUUAUAGUGUUCUUUGACCCUAUUAUAUUUACGUUACUGGACUCUUUGUGAUAGCCUCGCACUGUUUUCUGUCUGUAGCCUCUUUGAAGAAAAUAUGCAUAGUGAUAUCUAAAACAGUGCUAAGGUUAGAAAAUAUACUUCUCAUUUAAAUUAUAUAUUUCUACAUCAGGGCUCAUGAAAGGAAAAGGUUUAUUUAAUGCUUGUCAAUACCUGAAGAUACAGUCUGGCACUUAACAAAUAAUAAUAAAUAAUAAUACUCUAAUAAUGUGGCAAUCCUAGUGUGAAAAUGCACAUGACCCCGUAGGUUUUCCUGAAGGUUUUCAAAAGAAGUCUUUCCAUUAGUCCAACUGCUGCUGGAUAUUGCUGUUGCAUUUCCCAACUAAACGUUUAAAAGACUGUAAAUGGUGUGUGCAUUACUUAGCUCCAGAAGGAAGAGGUCAGACUGAAUCGCAGUGGUAUUUAAACAUCACCAAAAAAGAAAAUAAAUCAGAACACAUCAAAAAGGAUUUUAAACGUUAUACACGUCGUCUUUUCCUGAAGCGAUAUAGUUACACAUUUACUGCAAACCUGGAUCUUUUAACACGAGUUUACAAACAUCAAAGUAUGGAAUCUGUUGUAAGCAGGAAUAGGUCCACAGCAGCAUAUUAUUCAACUUAUUUUCUACAGAGGUUUACUCUUCGGCCAGCCAGCUAGCAAACUGAAAUACUACCUACGAGAGGGUGUAGAUUGCAGAUUGCACGCUACUCAUCGUGAAAAGGAGCACAUUUGAUUGAUAGCCUCCGUGUGUGUGCGUGUGUAUACACACGCAACUAUAUAUAGUUGCGUGUGUAUAUGCGUUUGGCAAAACGGGCACUACAGACGUUCUGUACUAAAGAAAUGUGAGACAAACAUCCAUCUUUUUAAUCGUGUUCAUCGUUGAUUUUAAGGGAGGCUGACACGGUCAACAAAAUUGCCAGACACUACCUUGCUUUUGAGAGAUAGCAAUAUAUACAGCUGGAUCUACACACACACACACGCGCGCGCGCACACACACACACCAAGUAAGUAAAUUAUUGCAUAACUUUUACUGUAAUUGAUAACAGACACCUUUAAUUUUUCAUUUUCAUUCUUUUACCCAGCUUUCACAUUAAUAAUCUAAGCCAUAAAUGUUGGUAGCUAUUGAUCGCAAUCCCCUGUGUGCGUGGAAAUCCAUUUUAGAGUCCCCUGCCUUUAAUGGGUGUGUGCGUGCGUGCGUGUGCCAGGGGCCUCCGUCACAUCUCGCUAGCAGGAUCUACCCCCAAUGUGCCUGAAGAAGACCCCGGAUAUACAACGUGUGCUGAUGGCCCCAUGAAAGCUGCCUGGUUCAUUUUGCACAACAAAAUGAUGGAGAAGUUAAAGAAACAAAAGCCUCUGUGUGUGAUGUGGAGAAAGCCCUGCAACUGAAACUCUGUGCGUGUGUGUGUGUGUGUGUGUGUGUGUGUGUGAGUAUACUGUGUACAUUUUGUGUGUGUGUGUAACGAUAUUGUGUACAUGUGUGUAUAUAUGUAUAACAUUUCCUAAAGACUUCUAGCUUUUUUUCCUCUAUCAACAUUUGGCUCUGGCUGACCCCAGAAGCUCAUGGCUGUACCUUUCUGAAAAGAUAGGCUUGGCAAAAAGCCGCUACUAAGUUUAAAGCAUUUGAUAGCGCCUGUAUUAAACAAACAAAAAGCAUGCAUUUUUUAAAUAGUUCCUGGAUCCCAUUGCCAGGCUGUCAUCUGGAGUAAAAGAGAGGGUGUUUGGAUUUGAACAGGAGUCGAGGACAACCAAACUACCUGGCAAAGCAAUGACUUGUCAGCCCACCUUUUUUUCUGUAAUGUCUUCUUAAAAGCUUUCUCGGAGUUUACGGUUUCUUUACUGUUUGGCUCCAUAGCCUUACCCUUAAAGCAGGGGGAGGAGAGCCGCGGGGAGGGGGUGGGGGUGCCAGCAGCAUAUAAGUGCAUCAGGAGGAAUUUUUAAACGACCUUAUUGUCUCUAGCUCUAGGAGGACUACGAUGAUUUCUUUUUAACACCAGCAGCUGUUUUCCCUGGAAACUUUGCUUUCAGCUAUAGAAUAUAACAUGAUGUCUCUUGUGCGAGCGAGAAAGAAAAAUGUACGCUGAUAGAUCCAGAUGCAGAGCAAAAGAAGGCUAACUCUGUGGAUGGUAUUAGCUGUGACGAGGCAUUGUUCACUGCUGCCUCUCGGUUACGUUUAAAGGCUGAAAUAUCACGAGAUCCAUUCAAUGAUCCUUUUCUAAUUCAAGGGACAAAAUGUAAUUUGCUGUAGCUCUGAUUUCUUGGAUGGGAAUACUAUCCUUAGAUUUCAAAGGGAAGAACUAGACAUCGUGGUUUGUACACACAUGGAUUAAGUUGAAGAGCGGCGAUUACAUCUGUGCUGAGAGCAACAGUAGUCUAGGGCUGACUUUUCAGAUCUCAACCUUCCGAGUUAGAGGCUCUCCUAAAUAGACUUCCUUAAUUUCCGGCUGCACUUCUUGAAAUUCCCGGUUCUCUCCCGAAUUCCUGCGGACCUAGGCGCUGGGGCAUCUCGCCUGCUCAUGCCAAACUGCUGAAAAUAUUUGAAAAAAGGGGGAUGCUGUUUUUAUUUAUUUGAGCUCUACCUGAUGGCGUAACACGAACUCCAUUCACCAUGUUGCCAGUAGAGAGAGUGGGAAAUCGCACUUUGGACUUCGAAGAAAAUACAUAUUUUUUUAGACCUAGAAAUAUGAGCUGUUUUCUUAAUCACACGGAUGUGUCUAAUUUUGGACAAGCGAGGAACUCCUGCUAGACACAAAAGUGCUUGUGCUAUAUCUAGUUUUCAGUUGAAAACUGAUUAACGGCGGAUAGUUAGUUCUAUUUGCAGCGUUUGACAUGCAAACCGCAAACAUCAUUUUAAUUUAACAAGGAAGAGGUUUGCUGCUGUUGCAACAUUUUCGAAAUCAUUGCUCCUGACACUAAAAUAAUUGAACGUCACUAAGAAGAGGUUAAACCUUCAUGCUGCUUCUUCAAAUUGAUUUUUAAAAGGCUUGGUAUAAAUGGAACAUCAAAAGGCUGCAGAGGGGCUGCUCCACACCGACCGUGCACACUGCGAAGCAGGCGCAUCCUAGCCCAUUGCACGUUGUGCGUGGUAUGCCAGCACUUUUUUGUUAUUACGUAAAGCCUCUGGAAGCACCUUGGACAUUUUACAUUCUCCUUUCUCUGCUGGAAGUAAUCAGCACACAGGAAUCCUGACGUGGACUCCGGGACCAUAGGACAUUCCAGUUUGUGCUCCAGCACGGUUAAUUGUGAAAAGUGUAUCCAUUUCUGGCUUAUCUAUGCUUUGUUAUAGGUCUGACGUGAGCCCACGUCCUCCUCCCCCUCCCCCAGUAUUACAGGCAGAUUUUCAGUUAAAAGUGUUACAGUAUGACGGGGCUGGAACCCUCCAUAUGCAGGCGGCACCAAAAUAAAUACAAAAAAAAUUAGCCAUUGGCUGUAAAAAGACAAUUAAGCAGAAGAGGAAAAUCAAGAGAAACUCGAAAAACGUAAGUAUUCCCUCUGGUUGUUAACAAUCGAGCCUUUAAGUUUGGAGCCUCGGAAAGGGAAAUACCAGGCUAUUCUGCACAUUUUCGCUAAGCUUCAUUUUCCACGUAAUGCGGAAUAAAAUUCCAGUUUCGAAUGGUCACGUUACCAAAGAAUUUUCCAUCGCUACGAUCAUGCUGCUGUCUCUUAAAUCCAUGCCAUGCACCAAAGAGCCACAUUUGUCCAAAAUAUUCUAAAUAUAGACAAAAUGAUAUCAAAAAGCAUACAAAUCCUUCACAUGGAGCUAGCGAUGAAGAAGCCUGAGAGGUCUGAGUGGAUUUGAGCUCAGAUUGUUUAAUAGAAAGAUUUAUAUACUAACUGUAUUAUUUACUUUGGGAGGGGAGGUGGCAGUAUAAGGGUAUGCUAAUUAGUGGGAGAUUUUUUGGGGGAAGGGGUGGAAUAUCAAUUUUUAUUGCAUCACCUGUCAGGAGUGUCCAAUCAGCGUUGGCUUUAGGGGAAUUAAUUGAUGAAGGUGUCUCCGGACGAGCUCACUUCACUCUGUCAUUUUAUUUGUAGCUAAAGCAGCGGCGGGAAUAGCAGCUGCAUUUCUUUUCUCUUCCUCCCUUCACAUUCCAUUAUCAUAGUUUCCAAUGGAAAAGCAGGGAAUGAAAGGGAACAGGUACUGAUCUUCAGCAGCAACUUAGAGAAACACUUUGGCAAACCCGAUUAAAAAAAUCAGAACUAUCGAUUGUAGUUUCACAUGGGUUUUUUGUUUGAUUUGCUUUGAUUUUUUUUUUAUUUAGUCUAAAGUUUGGUACGCCAUUGACCAGGAAUAACAGUCUUUGUUAUUUUAUUAGCAGGAUGCCUUGAGACAAAUACAGCAUCUGGCUGAGGAUUGUGUGUGUGUGGGUUUUUUUUUUCCUCCCUCCCUCUCUCUCUCUCUCUGCAAAUGCCGGGAAUAAUUUAAUUCGCGAAAUGGGAGACUUGAAGUCGGGUUUUGAAGAGGUGGAUGGCGUGAGGCUCGGCUACCUCAUCAUUAAAGGAAAGCAAAUGUUUGCACUCUCUCAGGUCUUCACAGACCUGCUCAAAAACAUCCCGAGAACCACCGUGCACAAGCGAAUGGAUCAUUUAAAAGUCAAAAAGCAUCACUGCGACCUGGAGGAGUUGAGGAAACUCAAAGCCAUCAACUCCAUCGCUUUCCACGCCGCCAAAUGCACGCUGAUUUCCAGGGAGGACGUCGAAGCCCUGUACACUUCCUGCAAGACCGAGCGGGUCCUCAAGACAAAACGGAGGAAAAUCAGCCGGGCCCUGGCAGGCGGCGAGCUCCGCGCGGAGCGCCCGGCCGCCGGCUCCUACUGCAGCCUCUGGGAGGACAACAAACUUUGGCUGGGCUUGAAGGCCCCGGCUCGGCCGCUGCCAAUCAGGAGGAGAGCGCUGCGGGCCGGGGACCCGGGCUUGCCGCCGGCCUCCGAUCUACCUCACCUUUUUAGUAAAUACACUGGCCGCGGCUACGCGGCGGCGCCCGCCAAAGCCCCUCGGAACUAUGAGCCGGCGCCGCUCGGGGGCAGCUACGGGCCCUUCCGCGCCGAGCCGCCCUGCUUUCGGAGCGCGCUGUGCGGCAAGCACCCAGCCGCCGCCUACUACCAGCCCGCGGCCGCCAUUGCUCAGCCCCGGCUGGCGGUCACCGGCAGCCCCGUGGCCUUCGCGUACAGAUGCAAGAGGAAGCGGGCGGGCGAGGCGGCGCGGAAGGACUGCGUGUUUGACGCCGCCGGCAGCGGCCGCCGGCUCCUGCUGCUGCCCCGGCCCCCCCCACCGCCGCCGCCGCCGCCGCCGCCGGGCGGCUUCCCCGAGAGCUGCAGCAGCGACUCCGAGUCCAGCUCGUACUCGGAGCACGCGGCCAACGACUCGGACUUCGGCUCCAGCCUCUCCAGCACCAGCAACUCCGUGUCCUCGGAGGACGAGGACGAGGACGACGAGGAGGACGAGGGCAGCGGCGCCUCGGACUCCAGCGAGCUCAGCUCCGAGGAGGAGGAGGAGGAGGAGGAGCACACUGAGCCCGGGGCCGCUGCGGCUGCGGCUGCGGCUGCGGCUGCUGCUGCCGCGGGGGCAGCGGCGGCAGCAGCAGCCGCGGAGCUCGAGUGCCCUGAGCCGGGCAAUAAGGCACUGCCGCUGCCGCACAACAUCCGCAUCAAGACCGAGGACAGCAGUGCCAGCGAAGAGUACGAACCUGACCUAACAGAGCAUAAGCUAAAGUGUGAGUGCAAUGAUCCCAAGGAUGAGUUUUACGGGGUGACUGAGAGUAAUAACCAGGACGCUUUAUUGCCAGCCAAGGACGAGCCUGCAUGCACUGAGAAGGAAACCACUUCCUUAAGCCCGCUGCUGACUCAGAGUCAGGCCCUCUCAUGCACUUUAGGGACUCCGAAACCUGAGGACGGGGAGUAUAAAUUUGGAGCCAGGGUGAGAAAGAAUUACAGGACUUUGGUUUUGGGAAAGCGACCUGUGCUGCAGACUCCUCCAGUCAAACCAAAUCUGAAAUCCGCUAGAAGCCCACGUCCUACAGGUAAAAUUGAGACACAUGAAGGAACACUGGAUGAUUUUACAGUUACCAAUAGACGCAAAAGGGUAGCCAGCAAUGUAGCAUCAGCAGUGAAAAGGCCGUUUAAUUUCAUGGCAAAUUUUCCCUGUCCACCGUCACUAAUUAUUGGCACUGAUGGGGAUUUGUUGCCAGCUUAUUCCUUAAACACCACUAAGGAUUCCCAACCACCUCACAAGGCCCAUCCUGUAUGGAAAUGGCAGUUGGGCGGUUCUGCAAUACCUCUUCCACCCAGCCACAAAUUCAGGAAAUUUAAUUAAUAAAAUGGUUUGAAAAAUAUUUUCUUGAACCACCUUUACCUUUCUUAUGUUUUAAACUCUGCAGGAUGGUUUGUACAAGCCCAUUAAUGCUAUACACACGUUUGGAGUCCUGUUUUAUCACAUUGUGACGACAGAAAUCGGAUUACUAUUUUUGUUGCCAUUACGACAGGUUUUUUUUUUUCUUUCGUGUUUUUUGGAGGUGGGGGGGGGGGCCUUUACAUUCCACAGAGUACUUCAGGCUAAAGACUCAAGUUAAACUCAGUUAUUAUGGUAGAGCUGGAACACUUUACUGUUUAAAUGCUGAUAAUGCACCAGUACCUCAAUUCAACUGCUACAAAUAAAUGUCAAAAGGUUGAAUAAUAAAUAUUAGAAUGAGCCAUUAAAUUUAUGCACUAGAUUUCGAAAAUGGAAGUCUAACUGUUAAUUCAGUUAAAGUUUGUUAAGUUACAUGGUUGCACAGUAAGGGUUCACUAUAAUUCAAUGUGGCAGGAGUCUCUACUUUUCGGGAGCUUUGUUUUCGGGUGUAGGGGUGUCUUUGAUAAGAGCAGUUGCACUUACUAAAUUUUCUCUGGUUUGGAGAGGUUCAGGUUCGAAUACCACUCGAGCACUGGAAAAAGCUGCCUCAUCUAAAACUAGUCAAUAAAUAUGGAAUUAUAUUUUGGUAAAGGGUGUCUUUUACUUGAACAGCCACUCUUUGCAAUUGGAAAGCCUUUUUGUUUCACCCAAAGGUCUUAAAUAAGGUUACUGUUACCCACUAAUGUCAUAUUUAAGUUGUAGUCUGAACAUGCCCUUAGAAACUUGCAAAGCAACUCAAAGAUUUGCCUGCAUAGCAGUACAAUUUAUGGUCCAGCCCUUCACACUCGACGGAGGAAAUAGCAAAGCAGUAAAUACAGCACAGAAAGUGAAACGAGAGGCCGUGAGCUGGAAGAAUACACAAAACGAGAAUGCCACGGUAUUCAUAGCUUUUUGGCACCAAAACUCAGGCAUUUGAACCAUAGUCCACUUAUCUGCAACGUUGGAAACUUGAGUUUUCCUCAUAUCAUCCUAUCUAUGUAGCAGGAGCAUUUCUACUGCACGUGACAAUCAGAGGCAAUGAUCUAUAUUUGCACUUAAUAUCGAAGUAGUUGAAGAGGCAGACUUCUAGAGUCUUGGCCUCAGUAAGACAUGUUGGUAUAAUAUGUUGUGAUGAUGGAAGCAGUAAAUCAAAAUUAUGGACAUUUGCACUGUUGAAAAGCAUGCUUUAGCUUUAUUUUUCAAUUAAAAACACUGUUUAAAAA